AUGCUCAAAGCAGAAUGGGAAUCAUCUCCAAAUGAUCCCUGCAUUCGAUCAUACUUCGUCAACCGCGACAAACUUACCAUCGCUCCUACUGAAAACGGAAGCAAUCUACUCUUCGAAAACCGUCUCGUCAUACCAGAACACCUACAGAAGACAGUUGUAGAACUUGCGCACGAGGGUCACCAAGGAAUAGUGAAGACAAAUCAACUUCUACGAGACAAAGUAUGGUUUCCUGGAAUCAACCAGCUAGUCGAAGAGAUCUGUAAGAAAUGCAUACCCUGUGCUGCUAGUACUCCAACAAAACAUCACAAACCACUACAGAUGACAGAAAUACCUGAUGAACCCUGGUCUCGUGUUUCCGCUGAUUUUUGUGGUCCGUUUCCAACAGGAGAGUACCUAUUGGUUGUGAUAGAUGACCAUUCAAGAUACCCUGUGGUAGAAGUACUGCGAUCUACAUCUGCCAGAUCUGUAAUUCCUCUAUUUGACAAAAUUUUCUCAUUGUUUGGAAUACCAGAAGAACUGAAAACGGAUAAUGGCCCACCAUUCCAAAGUUUUGAAUUCAGACAGUUUGCAGAACAACUAGGAUUCAAACACCAUAGAAUCACACCAUUAUGGCCGAAGGCCAAUGGAGAGGCUGAAAGAUUUAUGAGAACCCUAGGCAAAGCCAUCAGAACAGCCCACAUAGAAUCCAAGAAUUGGAAACAGGAAAUGUUUACAUUUCUGAGGAACUACAGGGCAACAUCCGAUAGUACCACCAACCUAUCUCCGGCAGAAAGUCUCUUAAACAGAAAAAUGAGGACCAAACUACCACAGAUGAAGGAAAAGAAGAAGAAACUGAUUGAUAUCUUCAGCAAGGACAGACAGGCAAAAGAAAAAAUGAAAGUGUAUGCUGACACGAGGAACAAUGCGAAGGAAUCUUACAUCAAGGAAGGCGAUACAGUGCUUGUGAAGACUCCAAAAGAAAACAAGCUAUCAACACCGUUCAGUUCCAAACCGUACAUAGUGAAGGAAAGAAACGGAAGUCAGAUAACCGCAGAACGGGGAGGAAAAACCAUAGUUCGAAAUUCAUCUCAUUAUAAGAAAAUCAAAGUUGAUCCUGACACACUGAAGGACCAAGAAGAAGGCAAAGAUGAGCUGGAAGAAAUCCAAAUACCGAAUACUCCGACUAUCAUUGAGCCCGACAAAGAUCCUCUCCCAUAUGUUCGCAACAGACCAACACGCGCAGCCAAACAACCGAAGUACCUGAAAGACUACGUUCUCACUUGA